AUGGACGACAAGCGUUUGGGGGCCGCGCCUUCACUUAACGAGUUUGAAGUUCUCGAAGGUGGCAAGUGGCGAGCACCGCCUGUGGGGCAUGCCUUCAGCCGACUGGUUCUCAAUUUCAAUGCAGAUUCAGAUGAUGCAGCCGCUGCUGCUGCGUCAGGGUCUUUGAAUUUGGCAGGUGAUUCAGGCGUAGAUUCCAACUCUGAAGAGUCAGAGAAGGAAAAAAAAGUCAAAUGGCCAUACCUGUCUGACGAAGAGAUUUUUGCUUCCUUUUCCACCAAGCGGAAGAUCGUGGACUGUCGAGACGAGUAUGACAAAACGGUGGCGGAUUCCAUUGCCUUGGAAAAGUACUUGGUGAAGGUCAACCCCGUCGAGGCCAUGCUGGACGAGAAUUACUUCUGGCGGAAGUUGUUAGCCACUCAGGGCGACCAGGUGGACGUCGGCGCCUCGUUGUUUUCGGUGCAGAAGCAGCUGGCCGAUGCGGAAGAGGAGAAGGGCGCCCUGAUGAAGCAAAACAACCGCUAUU